AUGUAUGCCUGGGAGUUCAAGUCCGCCGCAGGUGGCAUCGAAAAUAACCUGUAUUUGCCUGCAGCCGGCGUCCCGAAACCACACAUUACCGAGGACCAAAUUCUGGUCGAGGUGUACAGCGCAGCUCUCAACCCAGCAGACUACAAAGUCCCUGAGCUGGGACUGGUCGCCCGAGGUAUGAUUCCAUCGCCUAGUACACCAGGAAUGGACUUCUGCGGCAAGGUCUGUGAGAUAGGGCGAAAGGUCGAUUCGUAUUGUGUCGGCGAGAUGGUGUUCGGCAUGUAUGGAGGACCCUUCGGGCAUGGAUCUCUCUGUCAAUAUGUUGCGGUAUCGAAAGAGAUGCUCGCGACUGUUCCGACGGGACUGGAAGUCGAUCAUAUGGCUGGCGUCGGAGUCACCGGACUCACAGCAUACCAAUCGAUACAACCCUAUGUCAAGAAAGGUGAUAAGAUUUUCAUCAACGGCGGCUCUGGCGGUACGGGCAUCUUCGGUAUUCAGAUCGCGAAGGCAUUGGGUUGCCACGUCACAACAGCUUGUUCGAGCGCCAAUAUAGAACUUUGUAAGAGUCUGGGCGCAGACGAGAUCAUUGACUACAAGUCCGCGGAUCCCAUCGAAGUACUGAGAAAGAAGGGGCAAGUGUUCAGCCUGAUUGUGGACAAUGUGGGUUUGCCGUCACAUUUGUACGGCCAAUGCCACCACUUCGUCGUGCACCACGGCCACUAUUCGCAGGUCGGUGCGGAUACGGGUAUCUCGUCUGCAGUGCAACAUGUGAGCAACAUGUUGCUUCCGGGAUUCCUCGGUGGCGGAAGGCGGAAGUACCAAUUCAUGAUGUUGAAACCCAAUCAUGAGCAAUUGGUACAGCUUGGGAAAUGGAUAGAUGAAGGGAAGGUUAAGCCUGUCAUAGACUCGGUCUGGGAGUAUGACGACGCACCAAGAGCAUUCGAAAGACUGAAGACGCAAAGGGCGAAGGGAAAGGUGGUUGUGAAUGUUAAGAAAAACCAAAACAAGGAGUGA